CCGCCCCAGCGCAGCCGAGCACGGCUGCUGACGGGCCGGGCCGGGCUGGGGCGGCAGAGGCGGGAGGCUCCGGGCCCUCGGAGGGGAUGCGGGGCGGGCGCGGCGCCAUGAGCACCCCCGCAGCCGCCGCCGCCUCGGGGGGGCGCUCCGGCCCCGACGGCCCGCUGCGGCCCGGCACCGCGCUGCUGGUGCCGCCGCUGCUGCUGCUGCUGCUGCUGUGGCUGUGGGCGCGGGGCCGAGGGCGGCGCGGGGCCGGCCCGCCGGGCCCCUGGGCCUGGCCCGUGCUGGGCAACGCGCUGCAGCUGGGCCCGCUGCCGCACCUGGCCUUCGGCCGCCUGGCGCGGCGCUACGGGGACGUCUUCCAGCUGCGCCUGGGCGGCCGCGCCGUCGUGGUGCUGAACGGCGAGCGCGCCAUCCGGCAGGCGCUGGUGCGGCUGGGCGCCCAGUUCGCCGGCCGCCCCGACUUCCCGUCCUUCCGCCUGGUGUCGGGCGGGCGCAGCCUUGCCUUCGGGCCCUACGGCGAGCCCUGGCGGGCGCAACGACGCCUGGCCCACGCCGCGCUGCGCGCCUUCUCGGCCGGCGGCGGGCGGCGCCUGCUGGAGCGGCACGUGGCGGCCGAGGCGCGGGAGCUGGCGGCCGAGCUGCUGCGGCGCGGGGCGGCCGGCGCCCGCUUCGACCCCAGCGCCGCCCUGGGCCUGGCCAGCGCCAACGUCAUCUGCGCGCUCUGCUUCGGCCGCCGCUACGGCCCCGACGACGCCGAGUUCCGGGCGCUGCUGGGCCGCAACGACCGCUUCGGGCAGACGGUGGGCGCUGGCAGCCUAGUGGACGCGCUGCCCUGGCUGCAGGCCUUCCCCAACCCCGUGCGGAGCGUCUUCCGUGACUUCCAGGCCCUCACGCGCGAGGUGCACGCCUUCGUGGCCGACAAGAUGGCGCAGCACCGGCGCAGCUACGACCCGCGCCGGCCCCCGCGCCACAUCAGCGACGCCGUGCUGGAGGGUGCCGAGCAGGCCCCCGGCGGGCUGGGCCGCGCCUAUGCCGAGGCCACCAUGACCGACAUCUUCGGGGCUGGGCAGGACACCACGGCGACGGCGCUGUGCUGGGCACUGCUGUUGCUGCUGCGCCACCUGCCCCUGCAGCGCCGCCUGCAAGCCGAGCUGGACCGCGUGGUGGGCCGUGCCCGCCUACCCACGGCCGACGACCGUGCCGCCCUCCCUCAGCUCGAGGCCUUCCUGUGCGAGGUGCUGCGCUACAGCAGCUUUGUGCCUGUCACCAUCCCGCACGCCACUACGGCCGACGUGCAGCUCGAUGGCUUCUACAUCCCCCGGGGCACCGUGGUCUUCAUCAACCAGUGGUCAGUCAACUACGACCCGACCAAGUGGAAGGACCCGCACGUCUUCGACCCGGGGCGCUUCCUGGAUGCCGAGCAGCAGCUGGACCGUGACCGCGCCGCCGGCGUCAUGAUCUUCUCGCUGGGUAAGCGGCGGUGCAUCGGCGACCAGCUGGCCAAGCUGCAGCUCUUCCUCUUCACCGCCAUCCUGCUGCAUCAGUGUGCCUUCGAGCCCAACCCAGCCGAGCGCCUCACCAUGGACUGUGUCCAUGGGCUGGCACUCAAGCCACAGCCCUUCACCGUCUCCGUCAGGCCGAGGGGCGAGCCUGGGGGUGCCCUGUGAGGAGCCAACUGGCCCCAGGGUAGCUCUGCCUGUAGAGCCCAAGGUGAGAUUGACCCUGCGACCAGGGCACAUCGCUCUUGAACAGCCUUCCUCUUGAACAGCCUCUAGCCUGCCCCUCAGGGCAGUGUAGGGAGAGCAGUCCCAUGUCCCCGCGUGGCAGAGUGGACACAUCUGCAGCUUCAGGCAGAGAGCUGGGGGUGAGCUGAGCCUCUGGCAGCCCUUAUGCACAUUCCUCAGCCCCCAGCAGCUUUUGCUGGCUCUGGGAAGAGUCCUCUUCCAGCUGUCCUAUCGCUGCCAGGGUCCCCGGAGCUGUCCCUCCCUUACAUCCAGGGCACUAACUGAAAGACACCUGCUCAGAUCGGACCAAACAGGGCAGCACAGGGGCAUCUGCUGACAGCCUUAUUCCUUUCACUAAAGCAGCACACAUGAGGGUACGCCUCCUUCCCUGCUCAUCCUAGCCCCACAUAGACAAAGCCUUUGAGGGAGGGUGCCUUCAGGCACCGCUCCUGGAUAUUGCUGCCAAAUCCAAGACAGUUGGCCCUUGUUCCUGGAUGCUGGACAAUCACUGGUUAAUGAAAUUGACCCAGAGAAAUCAGGAGCAGGAGUUGCACUUUGCCAUUCAACCUGUGCAGCCAUAGAUUCAGGGGUCCCUUUCCUACAUAAACAGCUUCUCCCAGCCCUAGCUUCAUUAUUCUCACUCCCCAGUGAAAAGGACUUCCCUGUAGACAAAAUAAGUGUGGCAGAGCCCUUUGGAACAUUCAGUGCUUUAUUAAGAAAUGAAAUCCAAAGGUAUGGGGUGAAGGGGACAUCACUGUUUCUGAGCCAGACUCUUCCCACUGCUGUCUGUUCAUGGGGAAUAAGCACAGGCCUCCUGUGUCCUGAGUCACUCUCCCUCGGCCAGAAGUCAAAGGGAGCAGCAGUCCCUUCCCAGCAGCUCCCACAUCUGCUUGGCAAGUCAAGAACUUGGGGAGAGUUUAACCUACAAAACAUUGCAAAUCUAGGACAUUUAAAGAUAAAAACCCCCAGCUUUUUUCUCUGCUAUUAAGCUUUGCACGCACAGAUUUUUUACAGUGCUUUUCUGUGUUCUUUUUGUAAUGGGAAUGGCUUAAGUCUGAAUUCACAACACAGUGAAAUGUGACAUUUUUCUUUCCUUUUUAAUUUUUUUUGGUUUUUUUGCCUUUUCUGAAUAAAUCUCUGACAAGUGUU